GGAAAUCCACAAAAACACACCGGUCAACCCCAAACUUCCACAAAAGCCAUCGUUGCCCCGAUUGUUUUCAUUUUCACUUUGUUGAUUUUUGGGUUUUCUACAAGCUGUUGUUGAGAUACUGUCUGUUUGAUCCCCUACAUCCCUUCUUCCACUUGGGCUCCUUUCUGUUCUAAACUCCCACUUUGUUUGAAUUGCAUCUAUUCCAUAACCCCCAAAUUCCCUGACACUCGCUCCUUUUUUCUUAUUUGCAAUCUUCAUGAACUCGUUUAGACCCGACAAACACCGUAAGGUGUUGAAUGACUUGACCCUUAAUGAAAACACAAAGUCCUAUGAACGGUACGACAAAAAACCAAAGUUAUUCAAAGACCAUGUAAAUACCGCCAGUACCUCGUCCUUGCUCGAAGACAAGGAAAUCGAAGUUGACCAUACCCAGAUUGUUUCUGAGUUGGAAACCCAGCUAUUACCAUACUCUAACGAAUUCCACAUGGAUGGCCCCAUUCAUCAAUAUGGUGAAAACGACCCCCAACAAGACGACGACGACGAUAUCGAGGGCCCCGACUACGUGCCGGAGUUCGACGAUGAUAUCGAUCUUUCUGAGCUUGAAGACAUAGACGACGAAGCGGAAGAUGCUGAUGAAGAUGAAAAUAGUAACGAACCAGACCAAGAAAACAUACCACCACCAGCCGACGUAGGUGUUUCACAAGCAGAUGCUAGUUUCUCCAAACAUGUGGCCAUGGAGCCGCUAUGGAACAAGGCCAUUUUCGGCGAGUUGGAGGUAAUCAUGAAGAAGUACUCUUCUAAAACCCUAGACGAAAAUGAUGAGGACACUUAUGAUGUUACGAUGGUAGCAGAGUAUAGCCCUGAAAUCUUCAACUACUUACACCAGUUGGAGUACAAGCUUGUGCCCGAUCCCAACUAUAUGGAUAAGCAAGACGAGUUGAAAUGGGAAAUGCGAAGUGUAUUGAUCGACUGGGUGGUGCAAGUCCACUCACGGUUCAACUUAUUGCCUGAAACCUUGUACUUGACUGUUAACUACAUCGACCGGUUCUUGAGUAAGCGCAAAGUCUCCUUAUCCAGAUUCCAGUUGGUGGGAGCCGUUGCAUUAUUUAUUGCUGCCAAAUACGAGGAAAUCAACUGUCCUACCAUCCAAGAAGUGGCAUACAUGGCCGACAAUGCGUAUUCCAUCGACGACUUCUUGAAGGCCGAACGCUUCAUGAUCGACGUGUUGGAGUUCGAUAUGGGCUGGCCAGGUCCUAUGUCAUUUUUAAGAAGAACCUCAAAAGCUGACGACUAUGAUUAUGAGACCAGAACCUUGGCCAAAUACUUGUUGGAAAUCACGGUGAUGGACUCUCGCUUUGUGGCAUCCCAGCCCAGCUGGUUGGCGGCGGGGGCCCACUAUUUAUCGAGAAAGCUACUUAAUAGGGGCGGUUGGAGUGAACUUCACGUUUUUUACUCUGGCUAUACCGAAGACCAAUUGAAGCCUUUGGCGGCGGUGUUAUUGCGAAUCUGCGAGAACGCCGAGACCAACCAUAAGGCCAUCUUCGACAAAUAUCAGGAAAGAAAGUAUAGAAGAAGUUCCACUUUUGUGCAAGAAUGCUUGGAGUCCAUGAGACAUUGAGUUGGCCAUAUAUCACAUCAUCAGGCAUUUCUACCCCGGUACCUCACGAUUCUUAUCGUGUAGACAGGUAUCACCAGCACCCUACGAUUUAUCGUUAUAAUACUUUGUACCAUAUCUUCACUUCAUUUGCAUUAAGUUAAUAUACAUCUUUGAAGCAGCAAGUUGCAGCCAACUUUAAGAAUCGCGCGAUGAUGAGAAGAAAAUAUCUUCAAAUUUCUCCUCAAAAUGCUUUCCAGAUUAUCCAGAACAUCCAGAUUACCCGUGAGAUCAGUUCUCGGGUCUAGAACCUUGGCCCCCACCUUUCGUUCAAGCCCAAUACUUGCGAUGAGAUAUUACUCGUCACCAGACAAGGAAUUGAAGCAGAUUUUAAAGGAAGAAAUUGACAUUGUUAAGCAGAUCCCAAAUGAAUUGGAUAACUCAUUUAAAGACUUUUUGAUCGACAACAAGGUGGAAGUGACUGCCGUCGAUGGAAGUUCCAAUGUCGAAUUGACCAAGCACCUUGCAAAUGGUGAAAUCUUGAAGGUUUUCUUUGACAUUGAUGAGGUGACCGAUAUCCCUGUUGACGAGUUGGCUAACGAAGAAGGAGAAGUCAAGGAAGUGGACUUUGACGAGUCCAUUUCCAACGUCGAUUCAUUGUUAUGCUCAAUCAAGGUGUUGGUGGCCAAACCCACUGGAGAAGGAUUGUUUUUGAACUUGUUUUUGCAAUCGUCCGAGUCUGCGUUCUUGGUGGACUUUAUCACCCACAAGCCAGACGCCUCCAAGUUUUUGGAAGAAGCCAGAAAGGGUGACUUCUUGGACAAGGUACAAUACCAAGGUCCCAGAUUCAGUGAAUUGGAUGAGAGCAUUCAAAUUGGCUUUGAAAACUAUUUGGAAUCAAUUGGGGUCAACCAUGAAUUGGCUGACUUCAUUCUCAGCUUUUCUGAGUUGAAAGAAGAGAACGAGUACAGACAAUGGUUGGCCCGUUGUUUGGAUGCUUCUAUUUCAUACGCUGCAUUGAUCUUGGCUGACGCCGGAUUAGAAAUCACCUCCGACAACUUGGUGUCCAUCGCCAAGGCCGCCAAAGCCGAUGUCGACUCUGUUUGGGCCGAUGUCUUUGCUAAGGCUUUGGAAGGUAAGGACUUGAAGGAUUUGUUGUUCUCCUUGGCCGCUGCUGCCCCAGCCUCCGGUUCCGCCCCAGCUGCUGCUGCUGGUGGAGCUGCUGAAGAAGCUGUCGCUGAAGUCGAAGAAGAAGCCCCAGAAGAAUCCGAUGAUGACAUGGGAUUCGGUUUGUUCGAUUAGAUAACUUCUGUAUAAUUAUUAAUAAAAGCAACGAUUAAAAGGUGUAGCAAGGUGUCAACAACACUAGUAAGAGUGAUGUAAAGGUUGAGAGUUUGGAGUUACAGUCAUUUCAAAGGUGUAACUACUCUGGUGAGACAACUUCGGUGGGUGUGUGGGUCAGAAGUGGAAGAUAGUAUGGGUCAGAACCAGUUGAAAUCAGCUUCCCAAAUUUGCAGAUCCUUCUUCUUCUGCAACCUCGCUAGCUACGAACACCAGGAACAGGUCUCCCAUACAACCAAUGGUGGCGUUCUUCUCUCUCAGAUGACACUUUCAAUCUAAUGUUCAAGCAUUGCUGCAAAAUACCAUUUGUCGCUCGAAACGGUCAAUUCGCUGUUUCCAGACGCUGAUGGAUCACAUGAUAUGUAUGCCAACAGGCUUCAAGCAGUGGGUGGAAAGGAUUCUUGUUUAUGAAAAAUUUCGACUGCAGAACCAAAUCUACAAAAGUUAACCUUAACUCACUCGCAUUCAACAUUCACGCCCAACAAUUGAUCGUAUCAUCUUUUUACAGAUACCGGACUUCAACCGAAACUGCCAGUCCCGUCAUGAAGAUCUCUAUCCUUACUGCAAGCGGCAGGAGUUGCACUCUCCUGAGCCAUUUUCCAUCGGAUAGUCGUUUGCGCAGAUCCAAGGCUUAUCUAAGAAGCCUUACCUAUGGUUCUGCCGUACAGUUGCCCGGUAAAGUGGAAGCCGAUGGUAAAAAGAUACGGCCUACCACCCCCGGUCGGCAACUAGACCGAAUUCCAUCAAGAAGAAUGAUUUACUAAGGUGACGCAUUGUUGGGAUUGCCCGGAUAAGGGUUAAGUCAACUAGCCGAUAGUCCUGGUAGUUAUAGAGGAUAUUAUCGGUGGUUGCUGCAUUGCUGAAAGACCGGCAACGGCUCAGGACGGAUAGCCAUUUGUUGCCC